AUGACUAUAACCCUUCAGGCUUUUAAAAUAAGGUGGAAUUUGUCUGAAUUGGAGCAGCGAAGUGAUGCCAGUGAGGCCACCACAGAACCCCCCAAAAAGAAGCCGGACCCUGUCACUUCGGAGACAGUGGUGAUCUGGGGGCUGCGCCUCUGGCAGGUGAUUGGUAUCUUUGCCAUCUUUGUCCUGGCAGUCAUUAUUACCCUGUGCUGUAUCUUCAAGUGCCGGAUUCCCCGGACAAAGAAAGAGAUUGAGGCACGAUAUGCUCAACGGCAAGCAGCCAAGACGUAUGCAGACAAACUGGAGACUGUGCCACCACUCAAUGAGCUGACAGAGAUCCCUGGAGCUCAGGUGGCAGAAGAAAAAAAAGAAGACGUUCCCACCGUAUCUGGAAAAGUGGACAAGGCUCAGGGUAAGAAAGAAGGAUCCAAAGGCUCCAAGAAGAAGGAUGGUGAGAAGGACCAGAAAGAAGGAUCCAAGAAAGAAGGGAAAGAUGCCAAAAAGAAAGAAGGAGAAAAGGGAGAAAAAGGAGAAAAGGGUGAAAAGGGAGAAAAGGGCAGCAAUGACAAGAAACAAGGUGGUGGAAAGAAAGGUGAAAAAGAAGGUGAAGCAGCAAAAUCUGGAGGAAGCACCAAAACAAACGGCAAAGCUGGUGGGAAUGCCAAAGCCCCAGCAAAGAAGAAGUGACCCUGCUAAAGGUAGUGGUAGCAGUCCUCUAGGGAGGGCACAUUCAAAUACUUGUGGGGAGCUGAUGGUACCUGCCUCCAUGCAUUCAGGCUGUUGAGUGCCACUAGAUGUACGGAUUUAUUCCAUUUUGAAGACCAAGUCACUGACUUUUUUGUCCAUUAGGGGAAAUCUGGCCAUUUGGCUAGACGGGGGUUGUAAAAAAAUAAAUAAAUAAAUAAAAUAAAGCACUGUGCAGUGCUACGUGAGAAUAGCAGCUGGAACCAAAUUGCAGCCUGGAGUAAGAAGCAGAUAUUUGGACAAGCAUGGAACCUCACAGAGAUUUGCAUUCCUUAAACUAAAGGGAGGACAUGAUUCAUUUAAAAUAUGUUCUUCUUGAAGGCCUAAAGGCUUUUGAUAAACAUUAACUAGCACUCAUCUCCUCCUAAAUAGAAUUUGCACAUGGGUAAUUUUAGGCAUUAGGUAAAUUCUGCUUGUUAAAACCCAAAGAAUGGGGGUUUUUAAGUCAUAGCUCAUUCGGUUUCUGAGAGUUGGCUUGGACACAUGGGAGAAAGCUUUCCUUCCUUCUCUGAUGCCUCUUUCUCUGAACUGCUGAAGGAAAUACUUCCUUAGACACAGAACUGCAUAUUUCCCAGAAGAUUUAUCAACCUUUUUCUCUUCUCUGAUGAAAGACACAUAAAUCAAGCUGUAGGAGGAUGUGCACAGAAUAAAGAGAGAGACUGCAUCUGUGCUGCUGCGGGCAGUGGCUGCCCUCCGUCCAUCAUCAUCCCUUCCACGAAGGCUGCAGACGACGAGAGCCCGCCGGGAUAAAGGGGAUGUGAAGUUAUUCGGCGUGUUGCAGGAGAAACUCAGGGUCUCCAGGGAGCAGGGCUGAAUGCAUUUAUGUCUUCUCUCUCUUCCUGAGCAGUUUUGAAACCAGGCCUUUGGCUACGCUUCCACGUGGCUGCUAUUUCUCUCACCUCCCGGAGAAUUUUCAAGAGUACCUUUAACAGAAGCAGCUUUUCUCCUAGCGUGUCCUGUAAAUAUCACAGCAAUGUAUGCCUUAAGAUUAAUAGCCACGGAAUAUUUACAUGCACAAAUACAACACAUUCAUGCUAAUGAGAGAGAGUUUUCAAGCUAUCUGGAUGACUAAAUCUCUCCCUGUUGUCUCUGUUGCCUACACUGUCUCUGAGUAUUUAUAGUGGUAUACGAUGCUACACUGGCGGGUGAGGAGGGAGUUAUCUCCAGUUGCUUAUAAGGCUCAGGACCUAGGAUUUACAUUUGUAUUAAUCCAACUAUUUUUUAUCCACCCUGUGAUUUCAAUGUACACAGAGAGCUGAUCUAUCACUGCAAAGACAUUCGUCCUGCCUGUUGCUCCCCUUCUCUCCUUUCCUACUCACCCCAUAUUGGUACAAAGGCACCAGAGCUAGUGAAGAGAUGGUGUGGGACUUGAGGAGCAAAGAUGUUUACAACCACAAAAAUAUUUACUAGGAGAGUGAAUUGUGGCACUUCACUGGCCCCAUGCAUGAUCUCCAUAGUGUAUGAAAAAUACUUCUGACUCUAGAUGCAGACAGGUGGUUGGAAACCUAAAUCUCCAUCCACUGCAAUUAAACCCCUGAUGAGUGCGAAUAUGUACAUUGUUAUAUUUAAGCUGCUGAAUCUCAGUCCCAUCCCUAGUUUUUCAAUGGCUGAAGAUAGGCAAGAAGUGUGGGGAUUACAGCUUCCAAGCAGGAGUGGAGAAAAUGUUUUUAAUUCCCUCUUCAAUCUGAGAGGCCUCAGAUGCCCAGCUUUACGGCUCAGGACUACUGCUGGGUUGUAACACAAGGAAAAGGACUUUUAUCCACUACUUCAGCUGGAGCAAAUGGGAACACAAGAGUCGUGAGGACAGCUGAGGAGGAAGCAAUUCUGCAAGAGCCCAGAUCUGUAACCCAGUCUGUGUGUACGUGUGUGUGUAAUAGCAGAUGAGGGAGGUAUCAGUUUAUAUUCCUUAGGUCUUCCACCCUUUGCUGGGGGAGCUGCAGAGACUCCUAGUGCCAGAGUUGAUGAAAUCACAUUGAUUCCAACACAGAGAAACAUGACGGGUAUCAAUCAUUACAUACCAGUCACCUGCUUUCUUCUGGUCUCCCCCUGUUUAAUGAUUUCUUUAAUAGAGUCUGAAAGAGAAAAUAAAUGGAAAAAGAUUUUAAAAACCUGCAUGCACACCCUGCACGCACAGGUGGCAGUACCUGGGAACUGCACAAGGUUACAUGAGCUCACUGUCUGGCUCACUGUGUAUUUUAGGGUCCGACUGGAUGCCUCUACCUUAUAAACCCCAAUUCACAUGUCUAAGCAUCUGUAGGACAGCAUCCAGCUGUGAGCUGGGCAGGAAAGACUACUUCCCUGCUCCACAGCUGGAAACAUGGUGUGGGGCUGUUAAUCCUUCUGUUAGUUUUCCUUAUGAUGUGCAGAAUGCGGGUGCUGACCCAAUCUGUACCUAUUUGGUAAGAGGGAAGAAGGACAGAUAUGCACCUGAUCCCAAAGCCUCAGUGAAGAAAAUCUGCCCCUUCAAUUUGUCUUUAAAUUCACCAUUGACAGAGUAAAACAGACCUUUCCUUAAUCCUCUCCUCCCCAGUCUUACUGCUUUCCCCCUACAUUAAAUGAUAAUAAUAAUCAUAAUAAUAAUACACCUGGGACUAUUGGAGUCUUUGCAAUAAAUUUUAAUUAAUUUCUGACAAGAGCAGAGAGAAUAUACAUUCAUAUUAUUAUAUAUCAACUUGUACUAAUUUAUGGUCAUGUCUUAUGAAACAAAUAAGAUGUUCUGUUAAUUUAAAAAAAUAAAUAAAAUAAAUAAAAUAAAAUAAAAUAAAAUAAAUAAAAUAAAAUAAAAUAAAAUAAAAUAAAAUAAAAUAAAAUAAAAUAAAAUAAAA